AUGUGUUUGACAUUGAUGUUUGCAGUUAAGAAACUCAGACACUAUCUACAAGCUCAUCAAAUUCAACUAAUCUCUAAGGCUGGUCUAAUCAAGUACGUCAUGUCAAAACCAGUCCUUUCGGGUAGAUUGGCGAAAUGGGCUCUUUUACUGCAAAAAUUUGAUAUAAGCUACGUUUCUCAAAAGGCAGUCAAGGGUCAAGCGCUUGCAGACUUUCUAGCUGAUCCUCCUAUUCCAGAUAAUUGGGAGUUCUCCAAUGACUUUCCGGAUGAGGAUGUAUUUCUCAUUCAAAGCUCGCCUUGGAAGAUGUACUUUGAUGGAGCUGCUUGUCAAAAUGCUGAAUAUCAAGCAUUGAUACUAGAUCUUGAUGUGGCGAUUGUGAUGAACAUCGAUCAUAUCAAUGUGUUUGGAUAUUCAAAAUUGGUGGUCAACCAACUUCUUUCAAUUUAUGAGGUAAAGAAACCUGAGUUGAUACCAUACUUUCAACAUGCUAAUAGACAAAUCGAGAGGUUUGAUAUCAUCAACAUUGAACAUGUACCUAGAAAAGAAAAUAAGCAAGCAGAUGCAUUGGCUAAUCUUGCAGCAACUUUAACUCUUUCAAACACAGAAGUUCAAGUAAUUGUUUAUGAUGAAGAAGCCAUAAAGGCGUUGGAAGAAGCGCACUCAGAGGUGUGUGGAGCCCAUCAAUCAGGUCCUAAACUUCAUUUCCAUAUCAAAAGAAUGGGCUAUUAUUGGCCUAUAAUGGUAAAAGACUAUAUGGAGUAUGCUAAGAAGUGCCAAGGAUGUCAAUUCUAUGAAAAUAUCAUUCGUCAACCUCAUGAGCCGCUUCAUCCAACUGUUGCUUUUUGGUCUUUUGAUGCUUGGGGAUUAGAUGUUGUUAGUCCUCUGCCAAAAAUUUAUGGAGGAACUCCGCGUUACAUCAUCACGGAUAAUGGAAAAGAAUUCUCCAAUAAGGCUAUGGACACGUUAUGUGUGGAAUUCAAAUUCGAACAAUACAACUCAUUCGUGUAUAAUGCACCAGCCAAUGGUCUCGCGAAAGCUUUCAACAAAACCUUAUGCAGUUUGCUUAAGAAGAAUGUGAGCCGCACUAAGAGAGAUUGGCAUGAAAGGCCAGGAGAAGCUUUAUGUGCUUAUCGUAUUACACAUAGAACAGCAACCGGGGCAACUCCAUAUUCACUUGUGUAUGGUACAAAAGCUGUAGUACCGUUAGAAUGUCAAGUUCCAUCUCUAAGGAUCGCCAUCCAAGAAGGCCUUUCUAGUGAUGAAAAUGCACGCUUGCGCCUGAAAGAAUUGGAAGCUCUAGAUGAGAAGGGGUUGGAAGCACAACAAAGAUUGGAGUGUUAUCAAGCCAGAAUGUCAAAAGCCUUCAACAAGAAGAGAGAACAACCUGUUGUUCGUUUACUUCUUCACAAUUUGGAAGAUGUUGCUGGGCGGGAACCAGCUGCUGAUCUAGUGUUCUACAAAAAUUUAAUGUGGUUUGGUCCUUUACUAGAUCUUUUGGAGAGUUUAUGUCUCAAUGGGUGGAUAUCGUUCCUAAAGGGCCGUAUUGGAAACUUUGGCCUUUUUCUGAAUCGUAUCCUCUAUUGUGCCACCCUGUGUGUGCCACUUCUUGUGCGAAAGCUUAGAGUUAAGGAAGUCAAUUGCAGGAAAGGAUGCCAAUCUGGUGACUUAUUGAACGAUGGCAAGAUGAGGGGCAAUAAUUAUUUAGGCUUUCUUGGCCCUCUAUUGAUAUUGCAAUUUUGGGAUAUUAAAAAUUUAGCUAGGAGUUCAUAUUUUAAUUGCAUGAGUAUUUAUGGAUAA